UGAUGUUUUGAAACGUGAUGGGCGAACAGCGAUUGUAUCGCUACGUACGAUUUUAUUUUCCGUUACGUGCUCGGUUCUCGGCUUAGCUACGAUGAGCUAACGCUUGGAUUUGCGCUAAUCAAAUAAUAUUUUUACCGUGAUAAUUAAUUCUUCCAACAUGUUUUAAGAACAAUAAAUUAGUGUGGUGUGAAGUGAUAGUGAUAACAUUGUCAAGCUCAGCUGGUCGUGACGACGAGCGGUAAAAUCUCUCGAGGUUUUUCUUUUGAUUACGGAAAGCAUUUUUUGUGCUCUAUUUCUUCAAGGUAUGCCGUUAUAUUUUUCUUCUUUAAGUUUUAUAUAACCAACUCUUUCACUUGGCUAUUUAUUUAGCUUUAUUUAAAACUUGUUUUGGGUUUAGGGCCAGCGUGAUUUUGCGCGAUUAUUUGCGUUUUGUAGAUAAAUUGCAUUACUUGAUAAAUAUUACGGAUUCGGAUAUUUGCCAUUAUUUACCACAUUUCACAUUGGCCGUGAUCCAGAUAGUGCGUCCGUGUUAUUGCGCGGGAACUUGCGAUAUUUAUAGUUUAAUGGUCACACGAUGACUUGAAACGCGUGUAACACCGUUAAUAUCUUCUAGUAUUUUUGCAGACAACUUUGAUGUUGUUACGUUCGGUCAAAACAAUGGGAUCAUUAUAAAAAAAAUUGUGAAGUGCCUAAAAAGUAGUGAAAAAAAAAGAAUGAGUGAAGUACAAGAAGCAGCGCCGAUGAACACAUCAGCGUCGUCACCAGCUGCAGCCACACCUGCAGUCUCUUCAUCAUCAGAAACUCUGUCAUCAGUCACCACUUCAGCAUCAGCGCGGCCCUCAUCACUGCCCAAGCCUUCUGGCCUGAAGCCGCCGAGCAAGAUUGGAAGACUAUGCUCCAACUCAGCCCCCAAACCAGCAGUGCCCAUCUCUCCUAGAACUGACGGCAGUUCCACGGACACUCUGAGGAAGCUCAGCGACGAUUCUAGAAAACAUUUGUCAGCCAGCAGCACGUACAGCAUCACCUCGAUGGACGCGCUUUGGGAGAAGCACCCGCGGCGCCUCAGCGAGGCGGGCCUUAGGAGGUCCUCAGAUCACAGUGUCAUAUUGACGGAGGACACCGACAGUUUCAUUAUCGGCGAGCGCGUUUGGGUGGGAGGCACUAAGCCUGGCCAAAUCGCUUACAUUGGCGAAACACAGUUCGCUCCCGGAGAAUGGGCUGGAAUCGUGCUCGAUGACCCUAUUGGGAAAAACGAUGGUUCCGUAGCAGGAGUGCGAUACUUUCAGUGUGCGGAAAAGCGCGGAGUUUUCUCCCGCUUGACGCGGCUGACGCGCGUGCCGCUGAUCACGCACGCGCCGCACGAUGCGUCGCCGGCGUCGGACGCGGGCAGCGUGUUCGAGCGCCCGCCCUCCGGCGCCGCCCGCCCGCGCCGCACGCUCUCGCCCAACGGCAGCGUGCGCAGCUUCGUCAGCAGUAAAAUGAACGCUUCGAUUUCGACAACGACCAAUGGAGAACUUCGACUUGGCGAUCGCGUCAUAGUCUCGAGCAGUAGAGGUAGCAAAGCCGGUACGCUGCGCUUCGUUGGAACCACAGAUUUUGCUACUGGUGUGUGGGCGGGGGUCGAACUGGACGAUCCCCUGGGAAAGAACGAUGGAUCCGUGGACGGAAAGAGGUACUUCGAGUGCGCCCACCGCUUCGGGCUGUUCGCGCCAAUCGCGAAAGUGUCCCGAUCGCCGUCGAACCGCAAACCGGGCGCGUGCGCCAUCCACAGCAACGGUCGGGCGACGCCUCUGCGGCGCUCGAACUCGCGCGAGUCGCUCACGUCUCUCGGCACGUCCAUCGCGUCGUCCCGCGCGGGGGUGAGGCUCGGGGUGACGUCGCUCGGCGCUCAGCGAGUCGGUGGUCCUCGCGCCUCAUCCACCCCGGUCUCCGCGAAGAACGCCCUACAGGAACUACUCCGAGAGAAGCAGCAUCACCUGGAGCGGCUAAUGAGAGAGCGGGAGCUGGAGCGAGCUGAGGUCGCGAAGGUGUCUCUACAAGCAGACCGCGCCGAGAGCGCGCUAGCUCAGCUCAAGAAAGAAGCCACAGAGGCGAGCACCGAGAACGAGAAACUGAAAGCCGAACUGAACAGACUGAACAAGCAGCUGGAUGAUGAGAGGCAGAAGGUCGAGGACCUCAUGUUCAGGAAUGAGGAGGAAAACAUCAACAAAGAGGAUUACAAUCGAUAUAAGGAUGCGAUGGAACAAGAGAAAGCGACGCAUUUGCAACGUAUCCGCGAAUUAGAAGCGGAGGCGGCGCUACAAGCGGCGCGCGCUGAGACCACGGCCUCUGCGCUACACGCGCUAGAGGAGCAGCGCCGCGCCGAGACCGCCGCGCUACAGGACCAGCACAAGGAGGAGCUCACGGCCGCCCACACUUUGUCUUCAGAAUUACAAAAACUGUUGGAUGAAGCGUAUGCUUUAUUGAAAGAAAAAGAGCACGAAAAAGAUUCAUUAGGAAAAAGCAUGUCAGAAGAACUAACAAAAGUAAAGACUGACUCAGAAAAGGCGCUAAACGAAGCCAAAACGAAGAUAGCAAUCGCCCAAACGGAAUUCGAAACGCAACUGUCGGUUAUAACAGCGAAGUUGCAACUCGCAGAAUCGAAACUUGAAAAUGAAAAACAGAAUUUAGAAAAACUUAAUAAGGAAAAUGGCCAAACUAUUAUAGAUCUUAAUACUAAGCUUACACAGCUCCAGGCUGCGGUGGAUGAUAAGACACUUGAAUUAAAUAAAGUCAUGGGUGCUAGCAAAGAACACGAAGUUAAUCUAAACAAAGAAAUAACAAAACUGAAAAUGGAACUAAGUGCCAAAGUAUUAGAUUUAGAGCAAUUAGAAGAUUCCAAGCGGAAACAAGAAGCUGCUUGUAAAUUGUUACAAGAAGAAAUAACUCGUGUCAAAGAUGAAUAUACGAACAAAGUGAAUGAAUACGAAUCAUUAUUGAAUGAAGUGUCGCAACAAAAUGAAAAGAAUAAAGUCGAAAUAAUCGAAUUACAGAAAAACCUUUCUUCAAAAACUAAAGAUUAUGAAAGGUUGCUAUCAGAAUCUAACGUCUCCAACAGUUCUACUGAAAAACUUAUAACUGAAUAUAAACAAACUAUUACUGAAAGAGAUAAAGAGAUAAUCAAAUUAAAAGACGAUUAUGAACAAGCUACAGCAAACUUCAAUAUAAAACACAGUAAAAUCGCAGAAGAACACAAAAAAGAAAUCGAUGACCGUAACUCUAAAAUUGAAGAAUUAAUGAACGAAAUAAAAAUUCAUAAACAAGCGUUGGACCAAAGUAAAGUUGAAUUAGAUUCCCUUAAUUCUCAGUUCACUGUAAAUGCUGACGAAUUAAAGGCAUUGAAAGAAGAAAAUGAAAAGUUAAAACAAUUAGUAGCUGAGCUGACCCAAAAUAAUAAUGACCUGAAAGCAAAAAUAUCCACCAUGGAAUUGGAGAUCGGUGAACACAAACGUCAACUUGAUAGUAAUAUCGAGAAAUGUAACGAACUCCAAAAAUCCAAAGAAAAGAUUGAAAACGAAUACAUGAACCUCACAGGUCAAGCAACUGAUUCUAAUGAACAGUUUAAUCAAUUAUCUCAACAUUUGAAGGAAACUGAGAAGGAACUCCAAGAACUUAAAGAUAAGCACAGGGAAGCUUCAAAUAAUCAUGGAAGAAUAGAACAAGAACUAAAACAAAAGCUUUUUAAGUUACAAGAAGACUUUUCUGCAGAGCGAGGACAACUGGUACAAUCUGUUGACGAACAUCUUGAAAAGGUCAAGCAUUCGGAAAAUAAAAUCAAAGAAAUAGAAACACAAAUGUCAGAAGCGACUAACCGCAUUAAAGACUUGGAAGUUAAUAACGAUAAAUUGCUCGAUGAGAAUACAAACAUCAAACAAGAAAUUGAGACCCUAAAACAAAAAGAACAAGAAAUUAACGGAGAAUUCGAAAGCAUACGUAAAAAGCUGGAAGUGGAUAUUGAGAGAUAUAAAGAAGAAAUUAAUAUUUUGAAAGCAGAUGGAGAAUCUUCCGAAGUAAAAUUAAUGGAAAAAGUAGACCAGCUGACAGAAGCGCAAAAUGAUCUUAAUAAUAAAUUGGAGGAAGCACGAAAGCAUGAAGAUUCCUUACAAAGAAUAUUGGAAGAUAUGACCACACAAUUGAAUAACCAAAAAACUAAAUUUGAAAAAGAAUUAUCUGAAGCCCAAAGUCAAAUAGCUGCUGCUAACCAAGAAACGAAUAAUCUCAAAUCGGAAGAAACUAAACUACAAGGACAGCUAGAAGAAAAACAAAAUGUUAUAAAAGAACUUACAUUGAAACUAGAAAUGCUGGACGUUGAUAUUAAAUCGAAUUUAGAAAUAGUAAAUGAAAAAGAUCGCCAAUUUGUACAAGUAAAUGAAGAGUUAAAUAAAGUUACAGAAAGUAAGAAACAGUUGGAGGAGAAACUAAAUAAUGUAGUCAUGGAAAGUUCCUCCUUGAAACAGAAGUACGAAAACCUUAUAGCUAAUUCUUCAGCCGAAGAAUCACUAUUAAAGGAUCAAUUGAGUCAGGUAGAAGCACUAAGAAAAGAAAUAACUGUUCUUGUACAAGAUAAAUCGACGUUAGAAGCCAAAUGUACUGAAGGCCUAAAUGAAUUGAACAAGUUAAAAGAAGAACACGAAGGUGCUACCAAGAAACUACAGGAACAUAUUGAUAUUAAUAGUGAAUUGAAGAAAUCUUUAAAUGAAAAGGAAGUUACGUUGAAAUCUCAAAAUGAGAAAAGCGAAACAGAAUCAAAUAAGAUAAAGGUGUUAGAAGAAGAAAUCAGUCAACUUAGAAAAGAUAUAACUAGCAAAGACGCUUUAGUUGAGGAAAGAGAAGCGCAGCUAAUUAAAGUUAAUAGCUCUUUACAGACGGAAACCAAUGAAACGCAGCAAACUGUAAAACGGUUACAAGAAGAGAAUGCUCAAAUCAAUGAGAAAUAUAGAAAUGAAGUAGAAUCUCUGAAUAAUUUAACCAAAUCGUUACAAAGCACGCUCGCCGAAAAAGAGAAACAAUUGGACGAAUUGCAAAAAACCAAGGAUAAGGUGACUGAGUUGGAGCAGCUAUUGACGAAGUCUGAGCAAGACAUUAAGCAGUUGUCUAACAUUAAUGACGGACAGAAAUCUAACUACGAAGACCUCAACAAACAGUUGCAGGCGCAGUUUGACGAAUACAAAAAAGAAAGUAAACGAGUUAAGCAUGAUCUCAAAGUCAAAUUGCACGAAUAUGAGAAAGGGCUAGACGAGUCCAAAGAAAAGUUGAAAGGAGAAAUUACUAAACAGGGUGAUCUUCAAUCCAAACUAAGUGAAGCAGAAAAACAAGUGUUAGAAUUGUCUCAGAAGUUGGAACUGCUCUCAGUCCAGCAGACGUCUGUCGUAGAAAGGGACUCAAAGUUAGAAAAAUUAACUCUCGAGUUACAAGCCACUCGGAAGUCGAGCGCGGAAGCUUUAGCAAAUAGCGAAUCUGUGAUCAACGGCCUAAAGAAUGACAUCGAACACAAACUAAAAGAUUUAAAGCUGAAGGAAGAUAUAAUUAACAGAUUACAGGAAGAGAUUAAGACUAAUAAAGCCAAAGUCGAAAUAGCAGAAAGAGAAAAGGUGUUACUACAGAAGGAACUGGCGUCGAAGGGCAAUGAUAUUAGAGACAAAAAUGAUAACAACGCAAUGGGCGUGUUGGGUCAAGGAGACAAUCCUACGCAAAAGUCCGAAGACAAGGAGAUGCUUGAUGGGCAGGUGAGCUUCCUGAACUCCGUGAUCGUGGACAUGCAGCGCAAGAACGAGCAGCUGAUGGCGCGAGUGCAAGCCCUGGAAGGCGGCUCGCUCGUCAACGACUCGCCUGUCUUUAACGGCCGCAAGCCCCGCGCCGUAGCGCCGCGUCUGUUCUGCGACAUCUGCGAUGUGUUCGACGCCCACGACACCGAGGACUGCCCGCGCCAGGCCGCCGACAGCGACGCGCCGCCGCCAAGCGCCGCCAAAAAGGCGCCACCCGCGCCACGACCCUACUGCGAUAUUUGUGAAGUGUUCGGUCAUGCAACAGAGAACUGUGAUGAAGAAGAAACGUUUUAAGGAUUAUUUAUUAAUCAUUUAGUUUUAAUGUUACCGUUGUUGUUGUUUCUUGUUUCAGUAGGUAUUAAUUAUUUAUUAAUAUUUACCAUUGCAAUAGCAUCAGUUAUUCGCUAGUUUAAUAUUUUAAACAAUGUUUGUAAAUAAGAAGAAUUGAUCUUUUUAUCAUAAAUUAAAUAUUUGCAUGUUAUUUUUAUAGUAAUCAGGUGAAUGGUUUUUAUUUUUUCAUUUGCAUUAUCUGGCAUAAUGCACAUUGAGAAAGAUAUAAUUAUGUAAUCACAUGGCACAAACUGAUCUAUUUCAUCACAAUCAUGUUUUAACCUUAUGUACAAUUUGUACUACAUACUUUUACUUCAUAGCAAUGAAAAUGAACACCAAAAUAUUAUAAUCUUUUAUAAGUAAUAAAAUUAAUUUAAUAUAAAA